CGUGCGGCUCAUCGCACAGCUUCUCCCCCAGGCAGCACGCAAGCACCAUCUCACCAGCGGAGAAUCAAGACCAGCAUCCGAACUACAUGUGGUGAUAAGAGUGAUACUUGAACCGAAGUCUCGGACAAUUUGAUCCACAAUGACGACGCUGGAGGCCGCACCCCAGUCUGCGGCAGAUUAUGUCUACUGGUCUUCGUUGAUCUCCGGUGGAGUCGCCGGGUUGGUUGUAGAUGUCGUACUCUUCCCAAUAGACACGAUCAAAACGCGCCUUCAAAGCGAACGAGGCUUCAUCCGGUCCGGUGGAUUCCGGGGCAUCUACAAGGGAUUGGCACCGGCGGCCGCUGGAAGUGCCCCGACUGCAGCUCUGUUCUUCUGCACGUACGAUGGACUGAAGUCGCAUCUGGGUUCCCUGGCAAGCAAAUCUCAGCAGCCCUACGUGCACAUGGCAUCGGCGGCCUGUGCCGAAAUCGUGGCAUGUCUGAUUCGGGUUCCGGUGGAGAUUGCCAAACAACGAAGGCAGGCCCUGCCCAUCAAGUACAACACGUCUUCCAUGCAGAUAUUGUAUCACGCGCUGAAAACAGAGGGCAUUCGUCGGGGAUUAUACCGUGGCUUCGGCACAACGAUCAUGCGAGAAGUUCCAUUCUCCUUUAUUCAGUUCCCACUGUGGGAGUAUUUCAAACUGAAUUGGACUUCAGUAACGGGUACAGCCCUGACACCGGUGUCGGUUGCCAUCUGCGGUGCGGUUGCUGGUGGUAUUGCGGCUGGACUCACGACUCCACUGGAUGUCGUUAAGACCCGAAUAAUGUUGGCCGAUCGGGCUGAAGCGAGCGGAACCAACGCAUUUAGGAUUCUGUGCGGGAUUUACCGGGAACGCGGAGUUCGAGGGAUCUUCGCUGGAUUCGUACCUCGAGUUCUGUGGAUAACGCUAGGCGGAGCAAUAUUCUUCGGAUUUUAUGACCUCACUUCGCGGAUAUUGAGUUCGGAUGACACCAAGUGAAAAAGUGUAGAUUUUUUGUAUGUAACAUGUAGUUUGAACUUAGUUAAAGCAUAGCUUAUUUUUCACUAUUAUCACAGAGAACAGACAUCCAAGUCCAGUUCCGAAACUGUGUAAGGAAUUUAACGGUCAUUUGAAAUCGGCAACACAAGUGGCAAUAGCGUGGCGCUGCAAUCGGUUAAUUUCUCAU